AUGAGCAGCGUAACCAGACUGAGACCCCGGUUGGCUGGCAUUCUUUUUAAGCUUCAGUUUGAGGAGCAAGUGAAUAACCUCAAGCCCGACAUCAUGGCGGUCAGCACCGCCUGCGAAGAGAUCAAGAAGAGCCGAAACUUCAGUCAGCUUCUGGAACUUGUCCUGUUAAUGGGGAACUACAUGAACGCUGGAUCGCGAAACGCGCAGACAUUUGGAUACAACCUCUGCUCCUUAUGUAAAUUAAAGGAUACCAAAUCAGCUGAUCAGACGACAACGCUGCUUCACUUCCUGGCUGAGGUCUGUGAAGAGAAAUAUCCAAAUGUUUUGAGUUUCCUUGAGGACUUGCAGCACUUAGACAAAGCGAGCAGAGUUUCAGCGGAGAGCUUGGAAAAGAGCCUGAAGCAGAUGGAAGGGCAGAUCAAGCAACUUGGGAAGGAUUUGGAGACCUUUCCCCAACCCGAAGACCCUCAUGACAAAUUUGUGACAAAAAUGUCCAGCUUUCUCGUCCAAGCAAAAGAGCAGUUCAAGGAACUUUCUACCAUACACAAAAGCAUGGAAAAUCUGUACCGGGAUGUCAUGGAAUAUUAUGCCAUCGAUUUAAAGAAAAUCUCGGUAGAAGAAUUCCUCACUGACUUGAGCAACUUCAAAACGAUGUUCACGGAAGCAGCAAAGGAUAAUAUGAGAAGGAAAGAAAUGGAAGAAAAACAGAGGCGUGCCAGAAUAGCUCAAGAGAAAGCAGAAAAGGAAAAAUUAGAAAGACAACAGAAGAAAAACCACCUGCUUGACAUUAAAACAGAGAAAGACGAGACAGGAGUGAUGGAUAGUCUGCUGGAGGCACUUCAAUCGGGGGCAGCUUUCCGUGAUCGAAGGAAGCGAGCACCAAGGUUUAAAAAUGAACCCCAGAAUUUCAGCUCUACUUCUACAGCACCUGUUUUGAAACCUUGUAACCACGACAACCAGAAAGCACCAACAGGAGAGAGGGUGCAUCCCCACCACAAUAUGAACGGAACUUCGGUGAAGAUCCCCGCGAGCAAGGGCAUUCAUCGUGAAAACGAAGCUAAUGCAUCGGUAGAAAAGAGAAACUCAGUUGGAAAAAAGAAAGGCCCAUGCGGAGGGUCUAGCAGAAAGGAAGAAUUAGAACUUGGCGGCACUAAAGGAGAGGUGAUUCCUGAGGUGGAAGCGUUGCUCGCGAGAUUACGAGCCCUGUGACCGUUUUAACCAGUUGCAUAAAAUUCUGGAACUCAUUUAGACGUUCAAGAAAAUAUGCGGCUACAUUAUUCAUAACAUUGCACCAGCUCAGAACGAUGCUUCACAUCAUAAAUACCUGCAAGUAGCUAUUAGCAUAUUCCUAACAUUGAGGGAGAAAUUAUUCCUUAUUUAAAACUCCCAAUCUCCACUGCUUUUUUCUGACGUGGCACGCCACUUGGUAAAAUAUAUAUUUUAAAAUCUUUUUAAUUGCUAUCACAAAUAAUGUUUAACAUAUUUUAAAGCACACACACAUAUAUAUAUAUACUGUGUAUAUAUACAUUUUGCAUGCUGCUGCAUAUUUGUCAUUGCAUUUUGAAAUGCACAUUCAUAAAUACUUUGGGUCCGAAUUAAAAUUGUAUUACUAUAAUAUAUGGGCUUAAUAUUUUGCAACUGGUUGGGAGGCAAUUAAAACAAUGAAAACUGACUUUUUUCUAUGGCUCACCUUUAACAACUGACAUGUCUUUUCACAUAAACUAUUGGUGGAAUGUUAAAAAAAAAUGCAAAUCAAGCUAUAUAUGUUUACAGUUUUGUUACUCGUUCUCUGGAAUGUGCAAUACAAUAUAUAUAUAUAUAUCUUCUUAUAAAGUUAUAAAUGUUUUGGAGUGUUUGGUGGGUGGCUGCAUGGACUAUAGAUUAUACGCAUAUAUAAAAUGUAUUGUUAUUUCUAUAAUAAAUCUGAAAUUUACAUUCAACCUAUAGCUGCUAUUCAAACUGAAGCGUAAAACAGACUUGCUCACGGCACAAAUCUAAGAACCAAAGCAAUUUUGUUAGUUAUUUUCACAUAGCCAAACUUAAAUUUUACCAUUUUGGGAUUCAGGAAAAUACACGUUCUUUUUGCUCUGUGAAAAGUUUUGUUGGAUUUAUCCACAAACGUUUGUAUUAUGAAUUAUUAUUGGAAUAAUUUGUGGUGAUUAGAAUGCAGUAUUCCAGGCUGACCUUGUCCCAUCCUGACCAACUCGAGGUUGAUUCAUCCUUUCAAGAUCGGUAAAAUGAGAGUGUUGGGGCAAUAGGCUGACUCUGUAAACCGCUUAGAGAGGACUGUGAAGUGGUAUAUAAAUCUAAGUGCUAAUGCUUAUACUUUCUAAUUCAUUUGUUCAUUGCUCAACUAUAUAGAUAUGGUUAAUCAUAUUGUAAAAGUGUACACUGUGUUGUAAGUUAUUUGGUGACACUACUGUUUGGUGAAUGAAAGAGUAAUCUUCAAAAUAUUGUACUGGAGGCACUUUUUUCUUUGCCCUAUUUAUUUCUAAACAAAU